AUGGAACAAAAGAAAAGAAGCCAGCAUAGAUAUCUGAGUGGCAACUUUGCCCCCGUAUCGCACACCGCACCUUUGCAGCCAUGUAGAUUUAUGGGAGAAAUUCCCGAUGAGCUUCGCGGAGGGCAGUACGUUCGAAACGGCGGAAACCCUGUAGUCACCCACGACUUAACAAGGAAGGCACAUUGGUUUGAUGGGGAUGGUAUGUUGAACGGCGUUUAUUUCCGACCUUGCUCAGACAGGGACGGAAAAGACAUCAUACAGCCAGAGUUCGUCAACCAAUAUGCCCUGACUGAUGUGUACUUUGCCAAUGCAUCUGGCCUAAGUUUGGAGGAGCCAAUGAAUCCCAGCAUCGCCUUAUUUUUGGAUCCGCAAACGACUCUGACGGAGGUCAUAACAAAGGCAUGGAAUUUUCUCAAAGUUGCCAUGAGAUCUUAUUUCGGAGGGUUUCCCAAUGUCAUCAAACGAAUCAGUGUUGCGAACACUGGUGUUAUCUAUCAUGAUGGCCGUGCACUUGCCACAUGUGAAAUUGGACCACCUCUUCGAGUGUCGUUGCCGGAACUCGAGACGGUAGGAUGGUUUAAUGGCAUUAACGCUGAGGGUGAAAUUCCAAAUGAUACUGUUACAGCUGGGUUUGGGGAUCAUUUGUUCUUCAAGUUUUUCCAGGAAUUCACAACAGGACAUCCCCAUGUCGAUCCACAAAGUGAUGAACUGAUUUUAUUCCAUUCGAUAUAUGUACCACCAUAUGUAACCUACUCGGUUAUCCCACGGAGGAACAGGCCAUUAGGGAAGCGAAGCAGUCCAAUGUUCAACAUCCCUGUAAAAGGAAUAUCACGUCCCAAGCUGAUGCAUGAUUUCGGUGUUUCGCACCAAUAUACUAUCAUCAUUGACCUCCCAAUAUUGUUUAGUCCUACGAACCUCCUCCGAGAGGAGUCGCUAGUCACAUACUGCCCGGAUAAAGAAACAAGAUUCGGCGUCUUUCCUCGCUACAACCCAGAGGCUAUCCGUUGGUUUCAUACGGAGCCAUGUUGCAUAUUCCAUACCGUUAAUUCAUGGGACGUGCAUCUUCCCGGCCGUAGCGAGUCUCCACCGGUUGCUAUAAACAUGCUGUGUUGCCGAAUGACUGGUCCUUCAAUGAUAUUCAAUACGGGUGACAUUGAGAUCCCACCGGGAAGCGUUAACCAUGAGAUAAACCCUGAGUGUCGGUUGUACUUUUAUCAGUUCGAUCUAAGCUCCCCUUGGAAUGUGAUAUCGCAGCAGUGGGCUCUCUCUGCCAUUGGAUAUGAAUUCCCGCAUGUGCCGCGACACUCCUCAAUGUCAGCUACCAGAUGGGUGUACGGCUGCUCGACAGUAGAGGGAUCCUUUGGCAUCGCCCUUGGCAAAGCAUUAAAGAUUGAUUGCCUUGUGAAGAUUGAUGCAAAAGCUCUGAUUGCAAAAGGCUUAAAGGAACCACCCGAGCAAGUCACAGGUUGUGUUGAUAACCGCUCUGUUAAGGAAAUUCUCGCACAAAAGGACAAAGACUCUGACGAUCCAAUCCGCAUAUACCAAAUGCCGACUGGAUGGUAUGCCCAGGAAUGCUCUUUCGUUCCUCGUCAUAAUGCAGAACAAGAGGAUGACGGGUGGCUACUGACCUUUGUAUUUGAUGAGUCACAACUUAGUGAUGCAGGUGAAGCUUUGGAUACUGCGAAGAGCGAGCUUUGGAUUCUCAAUGCCAAAGAUAUGAAUAGCGUCGUAGCACGAAUUAUUCUUCCCCAAAGGGUGCCAUAUGGCAUUCAUGGCAACUGGUUUUCCGAGGAAGAAAUUCAAAGUCAGCAUCCAGUCCAAAAGUACCGGGGCGUUCCGAGACAACAGAUAUAG